UCCCUUUCUCCUUGCUGCCUCGCCUCCUACUUCCCGCUACACGUCGGCCCCACCCACCUCAGUGCCCCGGAUGUAGGCUCAAUCGCUGCUGCUGUUGUUGCUGGUGCGCACGCGCGGCCUGUAUCUGGGGCUUCUUGUUGUCCGCGGCCUGGGCCGCUGUGGAGCGGGCAGGGGAGGUUGUCGGAAGCAACGGAGGUUUUACUUCACUUUCAAUUCGAGUUGAACAAACGGUUGGAAUCGUAGCAUUUGUGCCCAUUACAGCGUCUCCGUGGGCAGCAAACUGGAUCCCACUGACAAUAUGUCCAUCGCAAACACCCCCACGAGUAACGACGCUUGCUUGAGCAUCGUGCACAGUCUGAUGUGCCAUCGGCAAGGAGGGGAGAGCGAGACAUUUGCCAAGCGGGCCAUUGAGAGCCUGGUGAAAAAGCUGAAGGAGAAGAAGGAUGAACUGGAUUCAUUGAUCACAGCCAUAACCACCAACGGGGCACACCCCAGUAAAUGUGUCACUAUUCAGAGGACAUUAGAUGGGCGGCUGCAGGUUGCCGGUAGAAAAGGCUUCCCGCAUGUCAUCUAUGCACGCCUGUGGAGGUGGCCAGACCUUCACAAGAAUGAACUGAAGCAUGUGAAGUACUGUCAAUAUGCUUUUGAUCUGAAAUGUGACAGUGUCUGUGUGAAUCCCUACCACUACGAGCGUGUCGUAUCCCCUGGAAUAGAUCUUUCGGGGCUGACGCUGCAGAGUUCUGCCCCAUCCAGCUUAUUGGUAAAGGAUGAAUAUGGCCAUGACUAUGCUGAAGUACAGCAGUCCAUUUCUGCAGGGGACGGACAUUCAAUUCAGACCAUUCAGCACCCACCAAGCAGCAGGUCCUCCGCUGAAACUUAUAACAACCCAUCCCUGCUGGCACCCAGUGAACCCAGCACACCCAAUCCCACCAGUUUCUCCAGCAUUCCAGUUCCAUCAACAAGCCAAUCAGUGAGUUUACUGGCAGCGACUCACAACGAUGGACUGCUCUCCAUUGCUCCUGUACCUCCACAAGGGACGCAAAAUGGCUUCAGCGCUCAGCCAGCAACAUAUCAUCAUAACAGUACUACAACCUGGACUGGAAGUAGAACAGCAGCUUACACACCUAAUAUGUCUCACCAUCCGAACGGACAUCUUCAGCAUCACCCACCCAUGCCCCAUCCUGGACAUUACUGGCCUGUUCAUAAUGAACUUGCAUUUCAGCCACCAAUCUCAAAUCACCCCGCUCCUGAUUAUUGGUGCUCCAUUGCCUACUUUGAAAUGGACGUUCAAGUGGGAGAGACCUUUAAAGUUCCCGCAAGCUGUCCCAUCGUCACAGUUGAUGGUUAUGUGGACCCAUCUGGGGGUGAUCGGUUUUGUUUAGGCCAGCUUUCCAAUGUUCACAGAACAGAAGCCAUUGAGAGGGCAAGGUUACAUAUAGGAAAAGGUGUUCAGCUGGAAUGUAAAGGAGAGGGCGAUGUCUGGGUUCGCUGUCUCAGUGAUCACGCAGUGUUUGUCCAGAGCUACUACCUAGACAGAGAAGCUGGAAGGGCACCAGGGGAUGCUGUGCACAAAAUUUAUCCCAGCGCAUAUAUUAAGGUGUUUGAUUUACGCCAGUGCCACCGGCAAAUGCAACAACAAGCUGCAACCGCACAAGCAGCAGCUGCAGCGCAAGCAGCCGCCGUGGCAGGCAACAUCCCAGGACCCGGGUCUGUGGGGGGAAUAGCCCCGGCUAUUAGUCUGUCAGCGGCAGCAGGAAUCGGAGUGGAUGAUUUGCGCAGGCUGUGUAUCUUGAGGAUGAGUUUUGUUAAAGGCUGGGGACCCGAUUACCCGCGGCAGAGCAUUAAGGAGACCCCCUGCUGGAUAGAAAUUCACCUGCACCGCGCUCUGCAGCUGCUGGACGAAGUCCUCCACACAAUGCCCAUUGCUGAUCCACAGCCUCUGGACUGACCAAUCACAGCCAGGCACCAUUGCUAAUGUAACGAGUACAUUAAUAGGAUGGGAGGACUGUCACAUGACCUCUGUAACAUGAAUAUAUAUAAAUAUAUAAAUAUACGUAUCUUCUUCAUCUGCUUACUCGCUCCAACCCAGGGUAAAGUAAAUACAAAUGUAUUAUUUCCUCUUUUUAUUGAGUCGCAAUUCUCCUGUUUACACUGCGCUAGUUUACCCCCUGACCUUUACAUGA